UGCAAACCCCUACCAAGGCUCUUGUGCUGGCUGUCCCAGCAUCUGCAGAUGCCUUUAGCGCACAGGUGCGGGCCCUGAGCACGUCCAGCAUCUGCAGCAGGUCCGGCACUGGGCUGUGCAAUAGACGCUGAAAAGCUGGCGGUCUGUGGGCUGACUGCAGCACACAUUGAGAACGCGCCCGAGCUGCACGUCAGCAAAGUGCAGCCCAGGCUGCGUCGUGCAAAGGGCGCACGGUGCUGAGAAGGUCCCCGGGACCGAGCGCGGUGUGCGUGCGGAGCUGAAUGGGAAGCAGCGUCCCCAGGCUCUGGUUCAACUUCUGCCUUCCAGCUGUGAUCAUCUCACCUGCAGGAGAGCAGCAGAUGGCCACAGCACAUCCAUGUCAGGAGCCCGUGAGCUUUGCGGAGGUGGCCGUGUAUUUCAGCAGGGAGGAGUGGGCGCUGCUGGACCCUGCGCAGCGAGCGCUGUACCGGGACGUGAUGCUGGAGACGUACCAGUGCGUGGCCUCGCUGGCUCCACUUCCAGCCCCCAGACCAGUGCUGAUCUCCCUGCUUGAAGGAGGGGAAGAGCCCUGGAUCCCAGAUGUGCGUAGCCCUGAGGCCGUGCCAGGAGACCUCAGCCCAGCAGGAACUGGGGUUACAGAUCUACUGGAGGAUCUGCAGGAAAGCGGUGUGGCCAAAAGGCGGUGGGGUGGUGUCUGUGUGGAAGAAAUCAGAAGGGAUGUCCAAGGAGGCCUGGAGCAAGGUCAGGCAGAGCACAUCACCACGAUGCCACUGGGAAAGUGUCUGCAAGAGAAAGGAAGGAGCCCACUGGACGUGAACAUAGGUCAAAAGGACCGUGGAGAUCCCAGGAGCAAGGAUGUGUGCCAGAAGGAAAAGCAGAAUCCAUGCACAGAGUGUGGAAACAGCUUUGAAAAAGAUUCCAGCAUCGUUAACCACCAGUGUGUACGCUCAGCAAUGAGUGCAUACAAGUGCUCUGAGUGUGGGAAGAGCUUCAAAAAGAGAUCUCAACUCACCUACCACCAACGCAUCCACACAGGAGAGAGACCCUACAAGUGCUCUGAGUGUGGCAAGAGCUUCAAAAGCAGUUCUGAAUUGAAGCUGCACCAGCGUGUGCACUCAGGAGAGAGACCCUACAAGUGCCCUGAUUGUGGGAAGAGCUUCACAUGGAGUUCCCAAUUCACCUACCACCAACGCAAUCACACACGAGAGAGACCCUACAAGUGUACUGAGUGUGGGAAGAGCUACAAAAGCAGUUCUGAUUUGAAGAAGCACAAACGCUUCCACUCAGAGGAGAGACCCUACAGGUGCUGUGAGUGUGGGAAGGCCGUAAAAAGCCGUUCCCAGCUCAUCUACCACCUGCGCAUCCACACAGGAGAGAAACCAUUUCAGUGUCAUGAGUGUGGGAAGAGCUUCAAAAGCAGUUCUGACUUGAAGCGCCACGAGCGCCUCCACACAGGGGAGAAACCCUACAAGUGCCCUGAGUGUGGGAAGAGCUUCAUUAGCAGUUCUCAUUUGAGGCAGCACCAACGCAUCCACUCAGAGGAGAGACCCUACAAGUGCUCUGAGUGUGGGAAGAGUUUCAUUAGCAGUUCUCAUUUGAAGCAACACCAACGCAUCCACUCAGAGGAGAGACCCUACAAGUGCUCUGAGUGUGGGAAGAGCUUCAAGAGCAGUUCUGAAGUGAAGCGCCAUGAACGCUUCCACUCAGAUGAGAGACCCUACAAGUGCUCUGAGUGUGGGAAGAGCUUCAAAAGGAGUUAUGCAUUGAAGCUGCACCAGCACAUCCACACAGAAGAGAGACCCUUCAAUUGCCCUGAGUGUGGGAAGAGCUUUACACGCAAGUCUAAUCUCAAUGCCCACAAGCACAUCCACAGCACACAUGGACUGUAGAAGCACCUCAAAACUUUGGAAACCUUCAGAAGCAGUUCCAGCCUCAUUACCUACCAGCAGAGCCACACAAGACACAGAGCCUGCAGAGCCCAUAACGUGGGAAGAGCUUCAGGCAGAGCCCCAGCCUGGUGACCAAGUAUGGAUUUGUGUAGUGAUGAACCUUACAAAUCCCUUGAGCAGAGGAAAAGCUCUGCGGCCAAUCUAAAUCCUCUUUCUCCUUCUUUGCAUGAGAAUUCUGCACAUUGCUCUCCUUCAGCUGCAGUUGCUGUGUUGAGUGGCCAUACAGAGGAGAAUCCAGAGUGGGAUGUGUCACAGCCACUCAAAAAGUUCUGCCAGGUGGCACGUUUCUGCCAGGGCUGUGUGCAAGGAGAGUCACCUCUUACCUCCCUCGUAGAAACUC